GUUCACCCCAAAAAUGAAUAUUCGGUCAUCUCAUUUUGUUCUACACCGAAGACAGAACCAUACAGGUUUUGACGGUAUGAACAUAAGUAAAUUAUGACACAAGUUUUAAUGUAAAUGAUGUUUUAAGUAAAUAACUCUUCGUGUAAAUUUCAUUGAUGCAUCACUAGAGGGAGUUAGUGCUCGUGCAUUCUGCAGACAAAAUAUUUGUCUUGCAGUAUAAGAUAAAAUAAAUUAGUUUGAGAAUGAUACAUAUGAUUUUAUUUGGCUAAUUUAAUAUUUCGUUUUACGUUACACAUGAACGUUACACAGUAUCAAAAUAUGUAGGACAUUCUACGGAUAUUUUGCCCGGAAAUGAAGAAAAUCUGUAGCGUGUGGGAGGCGCCACAAGUUUGCAGUCUCUGCGCAGACAUCUGCAGCCUAUGAUCAGCAUGAAGGCUUCACCUCGCAGGUUCCUAUGGCAACUGAUCAAACGCUUAUUGACGAGCUCUGCGCGCGCGUUCUGUGCUUGUGUGCAGAACGCAGUAGCGCGCGGAGCCUGUGUCCGAGACGGAAGCAUUUACAGCACUGUGGAUUCAUACUUUGGAUAUACCUGCGACAUCUAUUAAUACAUUUUCGCAAAAAGCUGUCAGAAAGAAUUUUGAGGGAAGCAGGAUUUAGGCAGUGACAGGAAGCUGACCAUCACCACCUCCUUAUGAUGCACAUGAACAGCUUAUUGAACCGAUGGAAUGAGAUCUCCAAGAUGUGUGAGGUAGAAGACACUCCAGAACCAGUCAGUCCAACGCUGCUCAAUGAGUCCACAGACACCUACUGCCAGACCGACUGCUGGCACCAACUCCGCACCACCGUCCGAAAGCUAGAGUUCUGGGAAGACUUCAGCGCAGAGCUUAUCGGAACCGGCUUCUUCUCCAUGGUCUACAAGGUGAUGCACGGCACCACGAAGAAGGUGAUGGUGGUGAAGAUCUAUAAGAAUGACGUGGAUCAGAACAGCAUCGUGAGGGAGAUCAGUCUACUUCAGAAACUCUCCCACCCCAACAUAGUGAGGUACCUGGGGAUCUGUGUUAAGGAGAACAAGCUGUAUCCAAUUCUUGAGUAUGUGAGCGGAGGCUGUCUGGAGGAGCUGCUGGCCAGGCAUGACGUCAACCUCUGCUGGAGAGAGAAGAUCGAACUGGGCUGUGAUAUCAGCCGAGGAAUGACCUAUCUCCACUACAAGAACAUCUACCACAGAGAUCUCAACUCUAAGAACUGCCUGAUCCGAGUGACCUCGCGUGGCAGGGAGGCUGUGGUCACUGACUUCGGGCUGGCCAGAGAAGUGGGGGAUCUGCCUGCAAAUGACCCUGACAGGAAGUUGUCUCUGGUGGGGUCGGCCUUCUGGAUGGCGCCUGAAAUGCUUAGAGGAGAGCCGUACGACCGCAAGGUUGAUGUCUUCUCUUUUGGGAUCAUGUUGUGUGAGAUCUUAGCAAGAAUCCCUGCCGACCCAGAAGUGCUGCCCAGGACAAAGGACUAUGGGCUGGAUGUGGAAUCGUUCAGAGAGCUGGUGCAGGGCUGCCCAGAGCGGGUUCUGGAACUCUCUGCCAGCUGUUGUCAGAUGGAUGCAUUCCGAAGACCUUCCUUCUCUGAGCUCCUGGAUGAGCUGGAGGACAUCGCUGAGACCCUAGAGCCACCAGACAACAUCCUAACUACAGGGUGAUCACACAUCCAUCCUAACAAACCCCUGGACUGAAGGAUUUAAGGGACUGCGCUUCAUAAGAGUCUGCAGCGGUGGACCGUGACUGGCACUCUGUUCUCCCAGGAGUAGAAUAUACAGGGGAAUGUCUGGUAAUUGAGGACAAAACCACUCAACUGAAUGUUCGCUCAAUAACCAGUUCUGGACGCCCUCCCUGCAGCGUGUGACCCUGAAUGAUUGCGAGAGUCCAUUUGAGAGGCUGAAUUUUACCUUUUCUAUUUUUCAUUUCAUAUAGAUGAAAGUAAUAUGAUUGUUUAGGGACCAACAUGUCAGCUGACUUUUCUAAAAGACCAAAUUCUCUACGGACCAUUCCUGUUUUAUAUGGGUUUCAGGAAAAUAUGAGUUUACUAUUUUUUUUGUAUAGGAAAUGAGUUUAAAAUUAAUAUACAGCAGAGGUUGCACAAACCUGGAACAAACUAGACCAGAGAAACUAAUUCGAUUUCACCUCUUACCUUUUUUGUUUAUAAAAACUAGCAUAUUCUGUCAAAAUAAUUGUACACUUUGCUUAUUUGACACGCACUGUUAAUGUCACCUAUUUAUGCCUUGUUGUACUUGCCAUGUCACCCAUUUUUCCCACUGUUAACAUCCAUGUCUGAUUGAUAGAGCUCUAAAAUAUCUAGUUAAAUUUAUCAAAAAUAUAGUUGUAGAAUAUGCAUAGAGCUCAACUUCUAAAUCAUAGUGUUUUUGCACAAAUACAUAAUGUAUUACUGAAUAAUAAUUCAGUUCAUUUAGUCAUAAAAGCUGAACAAUCACAAAAAAAUAACAGUACAGAGCUGUUUGUUAAUGUACUAAAGUAAGGGCUGUGGAAUCACUGUUUUCUCAGGUCACAAAGGGGUUUUAAAUAUGUGAAUAUUCUCAUAUUAGUUGGGUCUUGUACUUUGUCCUUGUACAUAUGUUUGUAUAAUGAUUUCACAGAUGUUUGCAACUAGUCUUUCUAAACCAGAAUCUAUUUUGUUUAAUUGAACUGUUUGUAUUAUUGCUGACUCUAUUUGUGUAUAUGGUGCUUGGUUACAUUCAUAUAUGUAUAUAUCUGGUUUAUUAGUUACACCAAUAAAAGCAUACUGAUCA